AUGGAGCGGGGAAGGAAGAGAAGGAGGCGGUGGCGGCCAGGGAGAAUUUCAGCGGGGAGGGGGCGUCGGAGGUGGAGAGCGAGACGGCGAGAAAAAUGGGAAGGGGAAGCGAGCGCGGGGAGCCCGAGGGGGCUGCUGCUGCUGCGCGCGCACCCGAAACACAAAGGAGACCGUGAAGAGGAAGCGGGCAGCGCCGCGCUUUGUGUGAUUGCCGAGAGACCUGAGGGGAAGCGGCUACACACACACACACACACACACACACGCAGCCCGGCUUGGGCUCUGCGCCGCGGGCGUCUCCCACCUUUCUUUGGCAGUCGGGAGACAGAGAGAGACUCGAGGGGCCUCUGCAGAGAGCGGAGCCCUUGGGAGGCAAAGAGCAACUCAGCGGCAUCCACUGUGCAGAGAUCCAAGUCUUUCAGCUUGAAGGCCCAGGUGAAGGAGACAUGCAGCGCCUGCCAGAAAACUGUCUAUCCCAUGGAGCGCCUGGUGGCUGAUAAAUUUGUCUUCCAUAACACCUGCUUUUGCUGCAAGCACUGCCGCACCAAGCUAAGCUUGGGUAGUUACGCAGCACUCCAUGGGGAAUUCUACUGCAAACCACACUUCCAGCAGCUGUUCAAAAGCAAAGGCAACUAUGAUGAGGGUUUUGGGCGCAAGCAACACAAGCAGCUCUGGCUGCAGAAAGAGGUGGAGAAUGGGACUGAUACAGCAUGACCAAGCAGGCCCCAGUUUCCCCUUUGAGAGCCCUGGUAUGGAGAUGAACUGAGCUGAUGGAAAGCAAUGGGGUAUGCAAGGUUGCUGGGAGCAGGAAAGGCCAGGCAGAAGCAGAGUGUGGCUUUAGUGUUGUGGGAGCAAUGGCAUCGGCAUGUCUGGGCUGUGGAAAGACUUAAGAAGCUCAGCUACUCUCCCGAUGGAGGUGAGUGUGGAGGAUUCUCAGCAAGUCCGGCAAGAACAGAAACACCAGUAUGCUGGUGAGGACAGGAGGUUGCACUAGUGAAGCAGCAGAUAUUGGGGCUGUUAUUUCCAAACUCUUUUAUUUAAUGACCUAUAAAUGUGAUUGCAUGUGUGGUACAAGUCCCUGAGCAGGAGACAUCCAUGCUUACCACCCAUUAUCCUGUGUACCACCAUGCUACAUACAAAUACUCUCCUUUCACUGCCACACAUUUUGGCAACUCAGCCAUAGUUCCCAUGAAACAGUCAGGACUGAGGAAAUAGCCAGAUUACUGUGUCCUUUGCUGCUGAACCUUGGGCCAAACAAACCUUUUCAGUAGGCUUUAGGUAACUCCUACUUAUUUUUAUGUUUACAGCCUAAUCACAUCCAGUGAUUAGCGGCAAGGGAGAAUAGGUCUCCUAUACAAAUAUCUGGUUGUCUGAACAAACAGGAAUCCUGCUUAAGGAAAUGUUAUGAUGGAACAGAGAACACAGUAAAUUCUGACCACUAAUUUGGUUGAAAUGCAUUUCCAUCUCUUCUUUAUUUAAAACAUCUCAAGAUUAGCCUGCACCUCUUUUCCUGUGGACAGAGUGUGUCCUCCUGCUGCAGAGACCACACUCAUAGAUAGGCCUCUAGAGAAAUAUGUGUGCAUUAAAUUAGACAUUCUAAUCAAGCACGGAAAGAGAAAAUACAUGCGUUCCAAAGCCACCAGUUUUCUGUUGUCACUAAAGGAAGGAAAAAGGUGGGGAAAGCAAAAGGGAGGAAUGGUGCAACAGUGAUUAAAGCAUGCAUGCCAGUCCAGUUCUGAACACAAAACUGGUGACUUGGAUGGGAUUCCAAACCUUGCACCUUCAUUUUCAUCAGCUCGGUUCUGCCCAAACAUUUAGCCUUAAACCCUGGGGAAGCAUUCAAUGUCUAUCUUUUAUAUUUGCCUUUUUCAGUGGUACGUGGUUAAGCUGAAGCACAAACUCGUGGUGUUGUGUCCAGAGUUGUGCUAUCUGCUGUCUUAUUUUUGUAAUAUAAGUUUUCUGAGCCUUUCUUGCUUCACGUUGUUUUGUGAAACAGUUUGAGGUGGUGAAAUUUCCAACUUGUCCCCUGUUAUCUCCAAGAUUUCCUACUCACCAUGAAAUACUGGCAUGAAUUCUGCAUGGGAGAAAAAAACAGCCAGUUUCGGUAAUGAGCCAUAAUUUUAUAUAUUAAACAAACUAGGUGGUUCACUGUUGUUAGAAAAGUUAUGACCCAAGGCAAGCUGCAAUAUAGAAGUGACUCACCACUAACAAAGGUUUUGGCAGCUUCUGGGUCAGAGGGAGGAGAUAUAAGCUAGAUAGCCAUAAUGACUUUUGUCUGCAUUCUAGAGCAGACAGGAAAAACAAUCACUGCACCAAGCUGUGUAUGUAGUAGGGCAUAAA